CGUGACGCGGCGCUACCUGCUUGACUUGUGUGCGAUGUUUGUCGUUUGCGCCGAACGCAUCAAAGGGGCGCCGUCACUCCUUUAUGCCGACGUUUUGUCCUCCGAGGGCGGCCCGUGGUGCCUCGAACGGCCGCUUUCGCGAGUCCCGCUCCUCUCCGCGACGACAAGAGCGGCAGCUCGCGGCCUAGACGUCACGUGACCCGGCAUGCGGCUGAGCGCUUGAUAAAAUAAAAAAACAAAGAUGGCGUGAGCGCGGCGGAGUGGACAGGACAACACCGCGACGACCGUCUCCUGCCGCCCAAAUGGAUCCUGGACAGGAUUUACUCCUGGCUGCUCUUAGCGAGAGCGGCAUUUGCCCGAACGAUAUUGGACUGUUUGACCUGGACUCUCAGGAUGUGGCACAGCCCUCCACUGCCCAGCAAUCCAUCUCAAUCAACGCCCUGGAUGUCGGCUUGGGGGCCGAGUCCGGGGAUCACGUCCGAACUCAGUCUGCGUCUCCAGUCCCCAUCGUGACUGUCAGGCAGCACAAACCUCAGCCAUCGACCACCACCUUUGUCUUAAAUCAGCUCAAUCAGCUGCCGUCGCUGGGAGCCUCCGCGACCAAGCCGUCGGCCGCCAACCCCGUCAAACACACCAUAACCGUCACCAAGGUGGUCCACGUCGCCAACACGGCCCUGCGCGGCUCCUCCACGCCCUCCUCCGCGGGCAACCCCCACUCAGUGUCCACAGCCGUGCCUUCAAACCACGACCAGAUCCAGCUGAAAGACCUCCUCAGGACGGGCAGCGUGAAGAGCUCGGGCCUUAAGGGCAACAGUCUGGUGGAGCUCAUGAAGCUAAAGCCGCCGCCUGACAUCGCCACCCCUGUAGCGACCGCCACCGGGCCCAGUGAGAUGAACAAUGGCAUCAAGAAGGAAAACCUGUUCAAAGAUGGCGUCAGAACCUGGAAUAACGAGGACAUCAGGAUGCACGGUUUCCCACAUUCCAUGAAAGUUCCUGGGAUGAAGGACGAGGAUGAGCCCGAGGAAGAGGAGGAGGAAGAGUUGGGUCACGCGGAGACGUAUGCGGAGUACAUGCCCAUGAAGUUGAAAGUGGGCUUGCGGCAUCCCGACCCGGUGGUGGAGACCAGUUCCUUGUCCAGCGUCAACCCGCCGGAAGUCUGGUACCGACUGUCCAUCCCGGAGGAGGUCAUCGACCGCGGCUGCCUGUCUGCUCUGCAGCUGGAAGCCAUCACGUACGCCGCCCAGCAACACGAAACGUUCCUGCCGAGCGGGGACAGGGCCGCCUACUUGAUCGGAGACGGCGCCGGCGUGGGGAAAGGGCGAACCAUCGCAGGGAUCAUCUAUGAGAAUUACCUCUUAGGCAGGAAGAGAUCACUUUGGUUUAGUGUUUCCAAUGACUUGAAGUAUGAUGCAGAGCGGGACUUAAGGGACAUAGGCGCCAAGAACAUCCAGGUCCACUCACUGAACAAGUUCAAAUACGGCAAAAUCUCCUCCAAACACAACGGCAGCGUGAAAAAGGGCGUCAUCUUCGCCACCUACUCUUCGUUGAUCGGAGAGAGCCAGUCGGGAGGGAAGUACAAGACCAGGUUUGAGCAGCUGCUGCACUGGUGCGGGGAGGACUUUGACGGCGCUAUUGUCUACGAUGAAUGCCACAAAGCUAAGAACGUGUGUCCCAUUGGAUCAUCCAAACCCACGAAAACCGGGCUGGCGGUGCUGGAGCUGCAGAACAAACUACCCAAGGCUCGCGUGGUGUACGCCAGUGCGACAGGUGCCUCUGAACCAAGAAACAUGGCGUACAUGAACCGCUUGGGCAUCUGGGGACACAAAACGCCCUUUAGGGAGUUUGGCAACUUUAUCCAAGCGGUAGAGCGCAGGGGAGUGGGCGCCAUGGAGAUUGUGGCCAUGGACAUGAAGCUGAGGGGAAUGUACAUCGCAAGGCAGCUGAGUUUCACAGGCGUAACGUUCAAGAUCGAGGAGGUUCCCCUGACUCAGCACUACAUCAACAUGUACAACAAGUCUGUCAGGCUGUGGGUGAGCGCACGCGAGAAGUUCCAGCAGGCCGCCAACCUGAUGGACGCCGAGCAGCGCAUGAAGAAGUCCAUGUGGGGCCAGUUCUGGUCGGCCCACCAGAGGUUCUUCAAGUACCUCUGCAUCGCCUCCAAGGUCCGCAGGGUGGUCCAGCUGGCCCGAGAGGAGGUGCAGAACGGGAAGUGCGUGGUGAUUGGCCUGCAGUCCACCGGAGAAGCGAGAACCCUGGAGGCCUUGGAGGAAGGAGGCGGAGAGCUUAAUGACUUUGUGUCAACCGCAAAAGGUGUGCUGCAGUCUCUGGUGGAGAAGCACUUCCCAGCUCCUGACCGACAGAAACUGUACAGCCUGCUGGGCAUCGACCUCUCCGCCAAGAAGACGCCGUCUCCCAACGAUUCUGCAGCUCAGCUCCAACAGAAGGGGAAGAAAAGAAAAGGCCCGGAGUUAAAGAAGCAGCAGCAGAAGAAGAAGCCUCGCACACAUGGCGGCCUGUCGGGCACCAGCUCCGACGAGAGCCAGUCGGAGGAGUCGGAUAAAGACUCGGGCAGAGACGACAGCGACGACAGCUUCAAGUCGGUCAGCUCGGCAGACGAGGACGACGACUUCAACCCUUUCAGAGACGAGUCUGAUGACCAGGACGAUCCCUGGCUUGUCAGAAAGGAGCCCAAGAAGAACAAAGAGAAGAAGAAGAAGAAGAAAAAGAGAAGGAAGAGCAUCGACCCGGAUUCCAUUCAAAGUGCCUUGUUAGCGUCUGGACUAGGCUCCAACCGACCUGCGUUCACCGCGCCUGUGGCGUCGCUGCCUCCCAGCACGCCGUCUACGGUCAAGCCGGAGACGGACGACAGCUGCCUGACCAGCCAGGACGCUGUGGAGCACGCGCAGAAGAUGAAGAGGGAACUCCUGGACAAGCUGGAGGAACUCGCCGAGGCGCUACCACCCAACACGCUGGACGAGCUCAUCGACGAGCUGGGGGGACCGGACAAUGUCGCCGAGAUGACCGGCCGUAAAGGUCGCGUGGUCAGCAACGACGACGGAAGCAUCACCUACGAGUCUCGCUCCGAGCUGGACGUCCCCGUGGAGAUCCUCAACCUGACGGAGAAGCAAAGGUUCAUGGACGGGGAGAAGCACAUCGCCAUCAUCUCCGAAGCCGCCAGCUCGGGCAUCUCGCUGCAGGCGGACCGGCGGGUGAAGAACCAGCGCCGCAGGGUCCACAUGACGCUGGAGCUGCCGUGGAGCGCAGACCGAGCCAUUCAGCAGUUUGGCAGAACUCACAGGUCCAAUCAGGUCACGGCGCCGGAGUACGUCUUCCUCAUAUCGGAGCUCGCCGGAGAGCAGAGAUUUGCAUCCAUUGUGGCAAAAAGAUUAGAAAGUCUUGGAGCGCUCACUCACGGCGACAGAAGAGCCACCGAGACACGAGACCUCAGCAGGUUCAACUUCGACAACAAAUACGGCAGGAACGCGCUGGAAAUCGUGAUGAAGUCGAUAGUGAGGCUGGACACGCCGCUGGUUUCGCCGCCCUCCGACUUUAAAGGAGAUUUCUUCAAAGACAUUCAGAGGGGCUUGAUCGGUGUGGGCCUCAUCAACGUGGAGGACCGCUACAACACGCUGUCACUGGACAAAGACUACAACAACAUCGGGAAGUUCCUGAACCGCAUUCUGGGCAUGGAGGUCCACCAGCAGAACGCUCUGUUCCAGUACUUCUCUGACACGCUGGCCGCCGUCAUCCAGGAAGCAAAGAGGAACGGAAGAUACGAUAUGGGCAUUCUUGAUCUGGGUUCUGGUGACGAGAAGGUGAAGAAGGUGGACUGCAAAAAGUUCCUGACGCCGGGCUACACGACAUCUGGACAUGUUGAACUCUACACGGUGAGUGUGGAGCGAGGGAUGUCCUGGGAGGAAGCGACGCACGUCUGGGCUGAUCAGAACGGGCCAGAUGAUGGCUUCUAUGUGCAGACGAGGAACAACAAGAAGACGGCCAUCUUGGUGAAAGAGGUCAACACCAAGAAGAGGCUCUUCCUGGUCUACCGGCCCAACACGGGCAGGCAGCUCAAGCUGGAGACGUACAACGACCUCAAGAAGAAGUUGAAGAAGGUCUUGUCGGAAGACGCCAAGCAGCACUGGAAUGAGCAGUACACCUCGUCGGCUAAAAUCUGCUCUCAUGCCUUCUGGAGGGGAAACUGCAAAAAGGCCUCCGUGGGGCUUCAGUGCGAGGUGGGCCUCCGCUGUCGGACGUACUACGUCCUGUGCGGCUCGGUGCUCAGCGUGUGGAACGAGCUGGAGGAGGUGCUCACCCCCGUCAGCGGAACCAACGUCAAGGUGCAGAUUGUCCGCCUCAGGACCGAAGACGGUCAGAGGAUAGUUGGACUCAUCAUCCCGGCCAACUGCGUGUCCCCGCUGAUGCACAAGCUGUCCACCUCGGACCAGUUCCAGCAGCUGGCCGUGCAGGAGCAGCAGAAGAGGCAGCAGCUGCACCCGCAGAGUCUCAGUCACACGGCCAACACAUAGCGGGCGGGGGAGGGGGCACGCGCCGGCCUCCAGACUGACCUCCGGUCCUGAUGGGACCUCGCGCCCCUCCCCGAUCACGUGAGGCGCGGCCCAGAGGAACUGAUGUGCUUGGUGAGGGUUUUUUUGUCCUCUGACAUUCAGAGUGGAAGCGUUUGGACUUGUUGCCGCAGUUUGAGCCAAAGCACCAAGUCUGCAUUAGAAGCCACACUUCCAGUAGUUGAAGGCACGGACAGAAUGUUUCCACACUUUGUGCCGACCUGUCUUCAAAUGGCGGCCAGGACUCGGGAAUUCUGCAUGAAGUGACUCUUUUCUUUCUGCCGGGCUUCUCAGGUGCAGUGCAUGACCCGUCACUCAUCCUCCAACAACCAUAGUUGACAACACGUCUUCAUUUUGUGUUGCAGCACAACCCAAACGUGUAAAUGUUCAUUUUUUUCCCCCCCCACGUCAAAAAGUAGAUUGUUGCAUCGCAGCCUGCACCUCCUUCACUGUGCAGACCUCUGGGAUGCUUGGACGUGGAAAAACCUGCAGAAUGUUGAUGAAAAGAAGCUGACCUGUACAUGAAUGAGUGCAGCACUCAAUAAAGCCCACUUGUACUUCCA